AUAUAUAAAUAAAUACAUCUUUCUUCUUCUUUUUUUACCUUCUUUUAAAGAAAUUUAGUUGAGUUGCUGCUAAAGUAACGACCAUUCUUUUUCACAUUCAUUCUUUCAUUUAAGUAUUCGUUGAAAUUCUUCCCCCCUUUUUUUUCCUGGAAUAAAAUGUCAUCCAACGAUUCAGAUAAAGUAAGUUUAAGUUUUUCACCAAGACAAAAUUCAUUCCAACAAGGACUUUUAGGACUUGAAUCAUCUAAGGUCGCGGGAAUAUUAAAACUCAAUUACCCAUCCUCAAAACCAUUAGUAGCAAAAAGGAUUGAAUUAGUAUUUUCUGGUAAAGAAGAAAUUUUAUGGACAGAAUAUCAACCUAGUGGUCGUGGAUAUACAGCAUCUGUUGUUCAAUCAGAACAACAUGAAUUCACUCGUUAUUCCUUCGAUAUAUGGGAAGCAGAACGAAAUGAUGGAGAUAAAGGAAAAGAUAAUUAUGAAAUUAUAAAGAAUUUGGAAUUACCUUUUUCUUUUAAACUUGAAAAUAAUUUACCUCCUUCAACUACAAUUAAAUAUGACGAUGGAUCUGCCAGAAUCUAUUAUCGCGUUGUUGUCGUUAUUCAUCGUAAAUCCAAUCUUUUAAAAUUACAAGGAAAGAAAAAAGUUAUAAAAUUUACAAUUCCAAUUACAAGGUAUGGAAAAAUUCCUUAUAAAUCCGAUAUGAUUUUAUGGAAUUCUGAAAAGGAAAAAUAUGGAGUUGGUUAUGAUAUAAAAAUUGAACGUGAAAUAUUCACUAGAGGUGAAACUAUUAAUGUUCCAAUUAAGAUUAUAAUUCGAAAUUCACGUGUUAAAAUUAAGAAAGUUAGUGUUGGACUAAAACAACAUACAGAAUUACAGAAUGCUGGAUCUUUAGUUAGACCAAAAGAAAGUGUUGAUCUUUCUUUGGAGGAAGUUGAUGGUGAUAUGGUUAAUUUAGCUGCAGAUUCUGAACAAGAAUAUUAUAUAGAAAUGAAAAUAAAUAUUCCCAAUAAUGACACCGUCAGAUGGUCUGUAUGUCAAAGUCUUCUUGUUGUUUGGCAUCAGAUCGAAGUAAAAUUUGUUCUCGAAUCUGCACAAGAUAUUUUAUUAGAAAAGGAAGUAAAAGUCAUUAAUUUUCCAAAAAAAUAAUUAAUAUGAAUAUGAAUAUAAAGUAUAAAUAUAAGAAUGAAUCUAUAUGUGUCUACAUCUAUGAUUAAAUUACGGCUUAUGUUUGUAUUUUUUUUAUAACGUUAUUUGCUAUUUUUCACCUCGUAUUAUACGUAUUUAAUAAACAUAAUUAUAUAUGAGA